AUGCUGUUUAGUGCAACCUUUCUCCUCCUUGGCCUAGCUCUCGGAAAACCAGUUAUACCAAGAGAUGAUACAAGCCCAACGUCCACACCCGCAGUUCCCACAACCAGCGCACCUCCAUCCGAUCAGACUGACGCAUGUGCCACCUCGUCUACGAGUAGCCAGUGGCUAAGCACAUGUAACACCACGGUGUUCUGGCCAACCUCAACAGACUAUUUCUACGGCCCAACCACCGGGCCUGGGGCAUCUGCGGUCACUUGCAAUGCCCAAUGGGUAGAAUACAAUGGUAGAGCAAAGGAGCUUGCCUCACUCGGCGCAACUUCCACUUCGACCUCUUACUGGAUUGCUCCCACCAGCACUGGGGCGUGUAACACAGAUGUCAGGCCGGAGGGUCCGGGAGAUCCCCAUACUGGUCCCGUCACCACGCUCUGCGAUGCAAUCACCCGGGCUCUUGGCCCUCUAGAGUACCUCACUGACUACUGGCCCGGCACAGGCCCUUGCAGCACAUCAAUGUUGACUCAGUCCGAUACCACUCUGCUCUACCGGUCGCCCUCCUCUAUUCCAACCUGUGAGCUGAACACGCAGGAUUGCAUUCCCAUUUGGCAGACCUACAGCAGUCGUCUCGCCGCCUACUAUGAGUCGGUGACAACGGAAAUCCCUGGAGACACGAGGAGCCCUAUCCGACCAACACAAUGCCCUUCGACGAAGAGAAACUACACGGAGCAGGACCCCUGCACCAACUGCCAUUACCUCCCGGACACCGCAACCCUCUUCUACUGGCCGGUGACAACCACCGGCGGCGAUCUCUGUCUCCAAAAUGGAACCACCGUCCCUGCUACUCCCACCGGGAACGGCCCCAACACUGCAAUUGUGGACGGCCAUACCUUCAUCUCCCCGAGUAUCUACGUAUCAUUUACCAGCAUCUACGCGCGGAGCAACAAGCGUUCCCACCCAGGUGGCUCCUGCGGCGGUGACCACGAGAACGUGAUUAUCUCAGUCAACCCAGAAGCUGUGACAUCCUACCGUAACCACAUCAAUGCGAAAUAUCCAAGAAUCGGCACAGCCUACCCGUUCAACUUUGCUGAGUUCCUGCCGCAUACUGUGGGCAAUUAUACCCUGCCGCUGAUCCCAUGGGAUCAGUACCGCGGUGGAUCCCAGUGUAUCAAGGGCGGAAGUGUCUGCUCCAUGAUCCGCAACGAUUACCUCCCCUGGAUGGAGAUCCCGGACGUUAUGACGCAGAUUGAUCCGCGGUGGACAGAAUGCCACCGGUCGUGGUACAUUCCGCCGGUCAGCUUGGUUCCCCUGAUCGGUGGGCUUCCGCCGCAACCUACCGGAGUGGUUGAGGCAAGUAUUGCUCGAGUUGCAUCUGAAACUGCGGUUCCUCAGUCAGGGCUGGCUGCUCCCACUCCGGAAGCCACUAGCAAUGGCGGUGGCCGGUGA